AAACGUUAAAAAUCUAAGUCCUACGCUGCAUUUGGAUACCUGGAAAAUGAUCCACUUCCCCAAAAAUCUCUCCCACUCUUCCGUCUUUAUCUUCUCCUUCUCAGCUGCUCUUGCUUUCCAUAUUUGAAGGUCCCUCUUAGAAGGUAUCCGCGUGUCAGAAUCAUUUGAAAGAUUCCAAAUUUGAUAGCAAUCAGAAUCAGAAUCUUUUUUUCUGAACCAUAGUCUCCUCACUGGCGUAUUUGUUAGGUUUCCCAUUUUGUUUCUUCAAAUUCGCAUUGUUCGUUUGGUACGUUUCUCUUCUUCAAAGCCCAUCAUUGGUACGUCGCUGUUUUGCUUCUUUGUUUGGAUAGGGUGACCAACUGGGUUCUUUUUCUUUCAAUGGCUAUAAUUCUUCCUUUUGUUUUUUUAUCGUACGGUGUUCAAUUCUUCUGAUUCUGUGAAUUCUUUCUUUCUUUCUUAUUCUUCUUCUUAAUUUUUUUGUCUGCCCAUCAUCUCUUUUUGAUGUUUGUUAUAUGGGAUUUUCCUUUUCUUGCCUAAUUUUCUCAUGAAAACGUCAAUGGUGUCUCCAUAAGCGUGGAAAUUGAUUCUUGCUUUUAAUCUUCAGUUUCAUUUUUAAUCUCUAGUUAUUGAAAUUUCUGGGUGGUUAAUAUGUUGACAAGUGACUUGAUUUGCUGCUUUUGUUUUAUAUUAUUUUACUUUAUUUAACAUAUUAAAUGGACCCAAAGGAAAUCAAUAAUUGGGAAUUGCUUCUUUUUUGUAGUUUUUCUCAGGGAUAUAUAAUAAUUUAUCUGUCUUCUAAAGAUGUAUCUAGUGGAAAGCAAAGGUGGAGCCAUAGUAUGCAUGCUACUUGCUCUCUUUUUCUUAGGCACCUGGCCUGCUAUUAUGACUCUGCUAGAAAGAAGAGGUCGCCUUCCUCAGCAUACUUAUCUUGAUUAUUCAAUCACCAAUCUCUUGGCUGCUGUAAUUAUAGCCUUCUCUUUUGGUGAGAUUGGCAAAAGCACACCUCAGUCACCAAAUUUUCUCACCCAACUCUCUCAGGACAAUUGGCCCUCUGUUAUGUUUGCAAUGGCUGGUGGAAUUGUCCUCAGCAUUGGGAACUUGUCCACCCAGUAUGCUUGGGCUUUUGUUGGUUUGUCUGUUGUGGAGGUCAUCACUUCUAGUAUAACUGUUGUUAUAGGAACAACUCUGAAUUACUUCUUGGAUGAUAAAAUAAAUAAGGCUGAGAUUCUUUUUCCUGGAGUUGGUUGCUUCCUGAUUGCCGUUUGUCUUGGUUCAGCUGUCCAUUCUUCCAAUGCUGCUGAUAAUAAAGCAAAGCUCCAGAAUCUAGCAAAUGAUUACGAACUUCAAACUGAGGACAAAGAUUCUUCCACAAUCAAAGAAGAUUUUCCAAACAAUGGAAGAAAGGAUCUGGAGAAUGGAAAUGCUCCUCCAGAGAAGGCAAAAGCUGGAACUGCAGCUUUCCUCAUAGAGCUUGAAAACAGAAGAUCAAUCAAAGUGUUUGGGAAGGGAACUUUGAUUGGAUUGGCUAUAACUUUCUUUGCUGGUUUUUGCUUCUCACUCUUCUCACCAGCUUUCAACCUAGCUACAAAUGAUCAAUGGCACACUUUGAAGAAAGGAGUUCCUAAAUUAGUUGUCUAUACUGCAUUUUUCUGGUUCUCAGUCUCCUGUUUUGUACUUGCCAUAAUUUUAAAUGUCACUUUCCUUUACUGGCCUGUACUGAACCUGCCCAAAUCAACAUUUAAGGCUUAUGUGAAUGAUUGGAAUGGCAGAGGGUGGGCCCUCCUGGCUGGAUUAUUAUGUGGGUUUGGGAAUGGCCUUCAAUUUAUGGGAGGUCAAGCUGCAGGAUAUGCAGCAGCAGAUGCUGUUCAGGCACUCCCACUUGUGAGUACAUUUUGGGGCAUAGUGAUCUUCAAAGAGUAUAGAAAAUCUUCAAGAAGAACAUAUAUUUUGCUGUCAAGUAUGUUGUCCAUGUUUAUUGUGGCUGUCGGAAUUCUGAUGGCGUCUUCAGGCCACCGGAAAUAAGUACUCAAUCAUGUCAUUAUCUUCUAGGAUUUGUAUAAAGCAUAGAUUAUUGAAAUGAUUGAUAGCAGGCAAAGGCUGAAAACCAGCUUGGUCAGUUUUAGAUAAAUAUUUACUUGAUGAAAUCUUUAUAGAACUUAUUCUAAUCAAUAAUUAUAAUAAAAUUAUUGUAAAAUUUUUCAUUAGGAUUUUAUUUGGCAUUAUUAUAAAUGUAUACUUCAGUCAACGACUUCUAAAUAAAUAAAUUUUCUUUUAGCUGC